AUGGGGGAGAUCGUUGCUGUGAGAGGCCACUACGAGCAAACACCUCCAAAGUUAGCCUUGCAGAAGGGAAGUCGAGACCGAGACUGCGGUGGUUGCUCUGCAAACUUGGGCCGUCGUCUUGACUUACUAGAGGCUCGGGUCCUGUCACAUUGGCACGAGUUCCUCGUACACAAAUCUGAAGUCCAGCGCAAGUUUGAAGAUGUCUUUGCGGCCUGCAGAGGGCAUCGGCCUAAAGGGUCUAUGUCUGCGCAUGCAGACCUCGAACGCCGGCUCAGCUUUUGCGAAGGAGUCGUUAGAGAUUCGGAGGAUGAGAGGGCGAGACAUCUCGAGCUCAAAGUGCUUUCCGAAGACACCUGGCGAGGUUUGGAACGUCUACAGAAUCGGGUUACGCAGGAGUCCGACAACCUGGGCAAGGUCAGCACUGACCUUCAGCGAAGACUCGCAGUCUUAGACAAGAAGAGCGAGGAGCUUCAGCUCGGGCUGCAGAGCCAAGUGACAGACAUGCGGAAGGAGAUGCAAGACGUCAUUGUCCGGGCAUCAAGAGAGCUCGGUGUGGAGCUGCGCUCCUCUUUCGAGCGACGCAUCCGCCAAGGUCACGAUGAGGCACUGGAAUCGGCAGAGAUUGCCUCGCAGCGCUGCAUGAAGUCUGUGAUGUCGGAAAUGAACGCAUCCGUAAUGACGGCGGAGGGCCGAGCACAGCAGCAGUGCGCGAGGCUUCGAGGUGAGCUGGAGGUUGCCGAAGCUGCUGCAGAGGACAUUUGGCGCCGAAGCUCAAACGAAAUUGCACGUGCGGUGGCUGCAUCUGAGACCAGCUUCAAGCCGCGACUGCAACAGAUCGACGAAGAUGCCCGUGCAGCGAUGACGGCCCUGGAGCUGUCCUUGGAACGGCGGCUGCUGCAACACUCCUCAGAAGCCGCUGAGAAUUUGCGAUCUCUCGAUGCAAGGGCUCAGCAAAACAUGGCGGAAGUCGCAGAGUCGAUCACACAUGUCGAACAGUUAUUGCGAAGCCAGCGCUCGGAGGCUUUGGCAUCUCUGGAGGCCCUCGACUCGCGGCUUGCGACACAGAGUCGGCGUUGCACCGACAGCGAGGCUCGGGAAGCCUCCCUGGAACGGCGCCUCCAAAAGGAUCAUGUUCAGCUCGCCGACGACUUGCACACGAACAUGUUGCAGGUUCGUCGAGAGCUGGCGGAUCGAACCGGCACAGUGGAAAGCAGAGUGAUCGCAGAAGUGGCCGGACUUCGGGAUGAGCUGAAGGACUCCAUCGCCGCAGGCAGAGACGAGUGGGCCAUGCGCCUGAGUGAGGCCCAGCAGCAGUUGACGCGGCUUUCGGGAGCAAGUCGAUCGCUGCAGGAUUCCCUGGCUGGCUGCCAGAAAGAGGUGGCCGAGCUACGUGAUACCCAGCAUGCGAUGGAGAACUCAGUGGCAGGGCUGCACGCCAGCAGAGACUCCGAGCUGCGGCUGCUUGCGGAAGACAGCCGGGCAUUCAAGGCGAAGUUCACGGAAGAGAUCUUGGAUGCGCAAGGGGUCAGCCGUUCGCUGGGACACCGGAUGAGCACUGUGGAGGCAGCCUGUGCAGGUGCAGACCGGUCGGCCAGCAGUGCCAGAGACGAAGUGCUUGCCAUGUGCACAUCUUUCCGGAGUUCCCUAGACCAUGUGGAGGCCGCAAAAGAUGAGCUGAGCAAGGAACUCGAGACCCAAGGUCGCGCGGUCCGCCAGGCCGUUGAAAAGGCGCACCUGGACGGUCAUCAGGCGGCGUGUGAGGAGCUUUACAAGGAGCAGCGCAAUUUGCGUGCAGAGGUCAGCGAGCAGCUGCAGCGGCUGACCAGCGUGGAGCGGCGCGCCAAGGAUGUGGCACGAGGCGAAGAAGCCAGCGCGCAGCGGGUGGCAGCUCUGUCAGAGCAGGUGGAGCGGCUCGUCCGCGCGGCACACUCGCCAAGCGAUGCCGGGCAUCGUGAGGUCUUUGCAGAGCUGCAGACGGCGGUCACACGCAUGGAAGAGCUGCAGAGCCAGGUAAAUCGCUUGCUGCGGGACUCGAAGAAGAGUACGGAAAAAUGGGAGACGGUGUUGCCCCGGCUACAGGAGGCGGAAAGAGCCGUCGAGCGGCUCUCUCGCGGUCCCACACAGAUGCAUCGCGAGAUGCAGGAGCUGAGGUCUCAGCUGGCAGAGACGCGGUUGCAGGCCUCGCUGACACCACGAUCAGACCGCGCCGGCAACAGGAGCCUGGAAACGCGGCGCUUGGGCUUGGGCUGGCUUGGAGAGCUUUGA